AUGAGUAACGAAAAUCGUGAUAAUAGAAGUGGACCUGCUGAUUCAAACGAACCUGAUGGAAAUAGCGCAAACAGAGACACUCUACCACCAACAAGAAACAUAACAGUGUCUAUUCAGUACUCUUACCUAUUUCCAAAUGGUAGCAGGUUGAACCAGUCAAACAUGGUUAAUACAAAUAAUAUGGUGCAGAAUAAUGUAACCUCUACAACUGCAACGGGUACACGACAUACUGCUACUGAGAAUGAAACAACAACAACGUCAACUGAUACCCCCCAUUUAAACGAUGCUAGUUUUAACCCCUUUGCUAUGGGAGUAAAUCUUAGACAGAGAUCUCCAGAUGGUGCUGUAAUAUUAUCAUUCAGGGAUGUACCUGCUUCUACAUCGCAAGAGAGGUUAGAUAAUAUAAUAUCCAUUGCGGCAGAGUUUGCUAUAAGAAGAUUCAGUGACUUACAAGUCCCUACUAGAGCAAUUACAAAAGAACAAUUUGAAACAUUACCGGUUUUGAAGUUGAGUGACAUUGUCAACGAGAAUGAUAAAACUUGUAGUAUUUGCUAUGAUGAUCUGGUAGAUGAAGACCAAGUAGAAGAGGGUGCUGAUAAUAAAAGAAAAUAUUCUGUUGAUGAAGAAGAUGACAUUAAAGACCAAAAGAAAGUCAAAACGGGUCCAAAUAAUAACAGAGAACGUCCAACAGAGCAAUUGCUGGAUGCUGUUAGAAGUAGUACAUCGGCACAAAAUAAUACUGAAAGCGAAACGCAGACAAGCAGACCAGCCUCUGGUGUCGAUACAAUACAAUCAGAAGAGGAUUCUCCUACAUACCUUCAUUCUCCCACAGAGCUACCAUGUAAACAUAUAUUUGGAAGAGAAUGUUUAUAUAAAUGGACAAGAGUACAGAAUACCUGUCCAUUGUGUAGACAUAUUAUUGCAGAGAGUCCUGUAAAUGCUCCUCCAAAUGCCCCUGAUGGUAAUAAUGGAGGAACUGUAGAUGCUUUUGAAAGAAUAAGGCAAUUGAUAUACAAUACCAACCCUAAUGAUUCCGUUAAUCCUGCAUCUUCCAAUAGAGAUACAAUGUCAGCAAAUGACGAACAAAGCAAUACAACUAACAAUGACAAUACUAAUAAUUCGAAUGAUAAUAAUACGAAUGAAAAUUUAGGAAAUAUAUCUGCACCUCCAACAGCUGCUAAUACAUCAACUAAUACUCCAGGUAAUUCUUGGUUCCCAGCUGCCUCUGGAGCAGCUCCAUUCCCAUUUGGUAAUUUGAAUUCAUUCGAUACUUCUGUAUCAAGACCGGGAGUAGUGUACCUAAAUGGUAACAAUAACCCAUCCAGCCUACCUGGUUUCUUACCUUUUGAUUUUUUGAAUCGACAAAGAUCAACAGCUGAGGCAUCUUUAAACAGAACAAAUGCUACUAGUUCUUCAAACGAAAAUCCAAUUAGUUCUUCGAAUGAGGCUCCAGCAACUUCUAGUGCUGAAAAUCCAAAUACCACUUCUACCAAUAGCUCUGCUCCUGGUUCAAGUACUGACAAUAACACGCAGAGAAUAAGUUGGGUACCUAUUCCAAUAACAUUUAUACAGUUAGAGAACACCGGCAAUACUCCACUGGGGACAACGCCACUUGCAUCUCAGACUCCAGCAGGUGGUGCUAACAAUCCAACAUUAGAUCCAAACUCCACCCCAUCUAGUUCUCAACAACCAGUUAAUGGAGAUAACACAAACCCUGAAUUAACCCAAAGUGACAGAUUAAGAAACAUUUUAGAUCAUAUUUUUAAUGUCACAGCCAGUGGGAGACCGAUUGCCCCUAGUUUAAAUGGCACACAACCUUUUUUUAGCAGUACAAUCAGUGGUAGCCCCGGUCUUGCUACAAGCACAGCUGCCUCUACUUCGACUGCAAGACCUACGGUGCCGGCGUCUACAGAAGCCAAUACCAAUCCUCCAACAAGUGGUAUUACUAAUAAUAACCAAUCUAGAGCUCAACAAGCUCAAUCCUUUUUGACGGACUUUUUAAGAUUUGCAGUGUUGCCAAGAAGAAGGACAAAUCCAAAUGAGCCUCAAACAGGUACCAAUGAAGGCUCUGCUAAUUCUCAAACAAACAAUAGACCAGUAAGUGCAGAAACACAACCGUUCUUUAAUACAGGUGUUGCAAGUUAUAGAAACAGAGAUGGUGAGGUGUCAACCUAUAAUAUUAGCGGUAGUGAAUUACCAAAUCCACCAUCAAGAAAUGGUACAGAAAAUUCAGCAGAAAAUGCAUCGUCUUCCCAUGGCACGUCUUCUAAUGAAAACGCUUCAACAAGUGAUAAUCCAAACAGAGAACCAAAUGAGGAGCCAAAUAGCACUGAAAAUGAUAAUUAA